CAUAUAAGCAUAAAUAUAGCGUAGAACAGUAUUAUUUUUUUAUUAAAUCUGAAAAUAUACUUGGUCUUAAUACAUAAUUACAAUACGCUAAUAGAGUGAUUGAGUAGAGAUUUUCGCCGGACCGACCAACAAAUUGCCGGACCGCUCCGGCCGCCCGUCGGAUCGUUCAUCUGAAAAGCCCUAAUUUGAAUUAGAUCUCACAUGGACAACAUAGUAGAUUCUCUGGGUAGUGCAUAUCAGGAGUUUAUUGCAGCAGCAGCUAGCGCCUUAGAGGCAAAAGAAAGCUCCGGUGGCAAAAAAACUGCAGCUACAGAUGUUGCACUCGAAAAUUUCAAGCAAAGGUGGGAACUCUUCAGAGUUGCUUGUGAUCAAGCAGAAGAGUUUGUGGAAUCAGUGAAGCAAAGAAUAGGUUCGGAGUGUCUAGUUGACGAGGCUACAGGUUCGGUGACUGCCAAACCAGGACAGCCUGUACCAAGUGGUCUUCCACCCAUUAGUGCCGUUCGAUUGGAGCAGAUGAGUAAAGCUGUUAGAUGGUUAGUGAUUGAGCUUCAACAAGGAUCGGGGGCUGGAAGUAGUUCUUCACAUCCUAACUCUGCUGCACCUUUUGAUGCUAGAUUUACCGAAGAUUCUGCUCAAUAGGGAGGAAAAUUUCAGUCUCGUUGUUGCGCUGUUAGGCAAGUGAAAGUUGUUGUUCAUGUUAAGUACCAACGGGUUUCGACUUAACUCAGUGCGGUUACCCUUUCCCCGUCGUUAUGAAAUUUAUUCAUAUAAUAUUGUUUUGACUUUUAAUUCGCUGUCCAUAUGGGGAAGAAUUCGAUGUUCGAAUUCGUAAUGAUUUAGAAAUACAGGGUUCAAAUUUCGUUGGCGUUUUUAUUGUAAUGGUUAAGUAAAUAUAAAAAUGUUCUAUGUCGAAAGAGCAUAUUCUUCGAUUACACUCAUUCAAUUCAAAGGGCAUGCAA